CGUGGUUGGGCACGCGGGUUGUGAAGGCAGUGCAGUUGGGGGAAAGUCAGUUUCGCUAUCUCGCUCGCCGUCCCGAUGCCAAUUUAAUAAUGAAUUGGUCGAAAUAAAGUCAGUCUCUUUGUUCAUUCCACCGGAUUAACAAGUGAGUCCUCACAGAAAUAGGUGCGUAGUGACGAAGAUACCGCCCGAACCAUGGAUGAUGAGAAUGCGUCAGCCGCCGUAGUCGUAAAGGACACCCGCGGGGCUGAGCCGCUGGCCAUCGUCGAUGAUUUCCAGAGGCGCAAAGUCCAGCUCUACAAGCACUGGGUUCGUCCAAAGUUUCUGCAGUACAAUUACAUGUACAACUAUCGCCACAAUUACUACGAUGACGUAAUCGAUUAUCUAGAUCGUCGUGCCCGCGGAAUGCCCGGAGACAUCCCUCGCCCACAGUACUGGGCUGAGCGGGUACUGCGCACCGAGAGAAAGACACCGAAGAGCAUUGACGAAAUGUACAACUACACCAACAUUGGCCUGAAGCGGGAUGAGCGAAAACUGAACUACACUCUAAGUAAUCAGAUCAAGUCGUACAACUUCCACUCCAAGCGCUACAUUAACAGCAAAUACGCCAGGAUUUUGUAAACGCUGUACUAAAAAAUAACCGCGAAACCAAAAUAAUCAGAACCUCGCUUUGAAAAUUGAAUAUGAUUUAAAACUAACAAGGCAGAUCGGAGUAGGUACGGUGGCUAAACAGGAACCGCUAGCCGUUCUUCUGUUAGAAUUGCUCUAAACGCAGCAACCAGCGCCCCCGAAACUGCCUGCAGAAAAAAAAUAGUAAAAUGAAAUUGUCCUAAGCACUGGACGGUUUCAGAAUAUCCCUUUGACAAAAAUAAUACUUAACCCUUCCACUAUUCUACCCCAGAUUGAUCCUAAUGCAAUUUUUCAAUACAAGAACUUUCAACUAAUAACUUCAAGAAAGCAAUACACUAACAGAGAGACUACAUAAUACAACGAAAACAUGCAAACGACUUUUUGUAAAACAUUUUACUCUAACAAACAGGGCAAGCUGUUGCUUGUUAAUAGUUAAUCAAGUUUUGAUAAGGUAGCAGGUCCCUGAUUGUUUCAGUACAGCUUGUCUUACCUAUGCUUGAUAUCACUUUUAGUUACAUAUUUGCAGACCUCAGGUCGAAGAAAGAUAUGCUAAAUAUCCCAUUAGAGCAGCUUACUGAACAUUAUUUUUAAACACUAAGUGCGCACAUUAUUUUAACCAAUUAUAUCAAUACAAUUUUGCAACUAUAUUUUCUGUCAUAUGGCCUAAUUAGCUUAGCAACGUUUGAGUUUGGUGUUUCUUUUUGCAAUAUUUUUUUUUAAUCCGCUUGACUAUUUCAAUCUUAUAUCAAUGGUAACCAACCAUUUUAAUCUUAUAGGAAGAAGUCCAACCGUAAUAUCUUAUAGUACCUAUCGCGUCUGGUGAAUAGCUCAAGUGGAGUCACUGAGCUGAAAAAGAAUGUCAAUCCUAUUAAACAACACCUGACAGCUUACGGUGACCAACCACUGGUGUUUACAAACCACCACCAUUGUACAGUUACACCUACAACAUCAUCUAGAGCUACACCAUCCAAGAUAGUUGUUAUCUUUAUUUAUGAACGAUCAGACCAUGCCAACAGCUUUAAUACAACGUGAAUCUAGACUACAUCCACCAGCAACUUGGAUCGAUAAGUCCAAAGCCCAAAGAUCGCGGGCAAUUAUAAUUUUAUUUUUAGUUAAUAUGUUAAACAUUACUUGACAUAUAAUAUUCUGAUAUAAUAUUAUAUUUUUUAUUCUGACAUAUUUUCAUUAUCGUAAUCAUUUCCUUUUUUUAUUGAAACGCAUGAUUUUGUAAUAUGUUUUAAUUGCGCAAGACUACUAUGAAAAACAAAUACAGAAUCCGAUUAAGAGAGAA